AUGCUUUCUUUUGACGAAAUAACUAAUAAGUUUCUAAAAUGGCUUUCUGAGGAAAAUGUAUCCAUUUCGCCAAAAUUGGCAGUAAAAGAUUUAAGGAAAGACAACCAAGGAAGAGGAAUGGUUGCAAUUGAAGAUAUUGAAGAAGAUGAAGAACUUUUCUGUAUUCCUAGAGAAACGAUAAUUAAUAUUGAAAAUUGCAGCUUGACAAAGGAAAACCCAAAAGCCUUAGAUGGUUUAUUAAAUUUAAAUCAAUGGGAGUCUUUAAUAAUUUCAUUGUUAUAUGAAUUGAAAGUUAAAGGUGAAGAGAGCAGAUGGUGUGAUUACUUCAACACCUUACCAAUAAAAGACACGCAAAAUUACCAAUUUAACCAGCUCAUGUUUUGGUCACAAGAACAAUUAAACGAGCUCUCACCCUCUUUGAUUAUUGAUAGAAUUGGUAAGGAUGAAGCUGAAAAUAUGUUCAAUAAAUUGUUCCCAAAAGUUGUUAAAGAUUUGAAUAUUCCAGAAUUAUUUGAUGUUACUAUUGAUGAAUAUCAUAAGGUUGCAUCUUUAAUUAUGUCAUAUUCUUUUGAUGUGGAGAGGCCCGACUCUGAUCAGUUGGAAGAUGAAGAAGAAGAAGAGGAAGAAGAAGAGGGUAAUGGAGCUGACGGUACAAUAUUAAAUGACGGAUAUUAUAAGUCUAUGGUUCCUCUAGCAGAUAUUUUAAACGCUGAUACUAAACUACACAAUGCAAGCUUGAUAUAUACUUCAGGAGUGUUAGUUAUGAAAAGUAUAAAAUCAAUUAAGAAGGGCGAACAAAUUUAUAAUACUUAUUCUGAUCAUCCAAACAGCGAAAUUUUGAGGAGGUAUGGAUACGUUGAAGUAAACGGUUCUAAGUUUGAUUUUGGUGAGAUACCAUUAAAUACUAUAAAGGAAUACUUUAUUAAUACUGUUGGAUUACCUCCUUCGCUCAUAGAUGACACCUUUGAGGUAUUAGAUAAGCUUGCAGAGGACGAUGAGGAAGAAAACUUUGCCAAAGUUGUGCUUGAUUCUUAUGACUGUUUCAAUGAUUAUGAAAUCAUUUUAGAAUUGAUAUUUGUUAUUCAAAUAUUGUCAAUUAUUGGUCUUAUUUACAAAACAGAUUUCUCAGACUUGGAAGAUCAUGAAAAUAAGUAUUCAUUAAUUUCGAGAAUUUCCAAAAAGUGUUAUCAAUUAAUAGAAUCAAAAAAAUUAACCAAAUACUUUUUAGAAAAUUAUGAGAAUAUUGUGAAGUCAAGAAUUCAGGAAUACAUCUAUAAAAUAGAUCACAAUUCACAAACCGGAACGAUCACAACUAGAGGAGAGAUGGCAAAAAUAGUAUUGCAAUCAGAGUAUGACUCUUUAAACAAUUGUUUGGAUUUUGAUAAAGUCUUCAACGCAGAGGAAGGCUCAUAUAAAUUUAUAGAUGAUGGGAAGUUAAUAAGAAAUAUCACUAAAAAAAGGAUGAUGGAAGCGGACGCUAAUCCCAAUAUAAAAAAAAGCAAGUUAAAGUAG